AUGAAGCUUGCUUCGAUGAUACUUGCAGUACUCUCAUCUUAUUCAGCAUUAUUAUUGCUGCCCAAUCUUCCCAUUUCCACCGCUAGCGUCGUCCCUGCUUUCGCUAGACCUUCUUCGCCUUUCCGUCCUCUGUGUGUCUCCCAGCUAGCCCUGGCCAACUAUGCCUGCGCCAGCGUCAUCCCCACCCUCCCCUUCACCGACCCUCCAAUGCCAACUGCCACCUCCAUUCCCCAGCCCUCCGACAUUCUCUUCCACGUGGCCGCCACGGAGGAUGGUGGCCGCCGCAACAGGGAUCCUACAACAGGCCGGGAAGGGGAAGCAAUAGGAGGAAGACGGAGUAACGAUGGUGAUGAUGAUCGACAGAAACAACGACAUCAUCGCAAUCAUCGCUCAUCUUCUUCUUCUUCUUCGCGGGAUGAACCUGGGUCUGGAAGGCGGAGAGAUGGGCACAGGCACCGCCGUGGGAGGCAUAGUAAUAAUGGGCAUGGAAGGCGGCGAGGAGAUGAUGAUGACAAUGAUGACGAUGAAGACGGUGGUGGUGGUGGUGGUGGGAUGGAGAGAGAUCAGAGGCCGGCUUCACCGGCGGAGAACAACUGCUGCAAGUGGGUUGGGGAUGUGGACGAUGAGUGUGUGUGCGAGCUGCUGUUCCGGCUGCCCACUUUCUUGGCUCGCCCUAUCCAUGAGUACACCAUCAUUGUGAGCGAGUGGUGCAAAAUCACUUAUUCCUGCGGCGGAAGGCCUAGACCAUGA